GGCGUGUGGUCUCCUCUAACAGGGGCUGAAGAAGAAGUCCGCUCUACUGCCAGAACCUCCGGCCAACAAGGUGUUUUCUCAGCUCCAGAACCUGACGAAACAUAACCCAGCCUUCGCCACCAGCCUUCAGAACAUCAUUCUGACUCAGAUCCAGAAUCUGGGUGGUGGACGGGGUGAGGGGUCAGUCCCCCCAAUUCCAGGACCGCCCAGGGGGCCAAGACCGCCGCCUACAGUCCGCCCUCCGACCCACCCACCCACCCAGCCGCCGCCACCCCCUGCCUCCCCCACGGGAAAUAACGGCCUUAACAGCAACGCCCAGGCUGCACUGGUGAUCCUGCUGGCAGCACAGAUGCAGAUGCAGCAGCAACAGCACGUGCAGCAACAGCAGGCACAGAGAGCCUCACCGACCAAUAACAACCUACUGGCCAGCCCACAAGUGCUGAACUUGUUACAGCUAUUAGUACAGCAGGGAGACCCACAGUCCUCCCAGCACAGCACAGGUUCAGACCCCAGGAACGGCUACUCCUCCAACAAGACCAUCAACAACAACAACACUACACCUACCAAGAGUAACUACAGGAACGGUUACAGCAAAAAUGGCGUCAGCAAACCUACUAAGACACCGCUGCUGCCGACCCCAGCGUCUGGGAACUACAGUGGGGGGUCAUGGGAGGAGGGGGGAGCCGGGACAGGUGGGGGGGAGAGUGAGGGGGGACUGGCCCCCCUAUUGUCUGGUCUCCUGACGGCCCUGCCCGGCCUCUCCGCCACCAAGGCCACCAAGGAUGACCUGCAGAGCACCAUCUCUACACUCUUAUCUAAUGCCCACAGUCUGCAGCAGCUGUUGGGCAGCCUCACGCCAUUGGAACAACAGCAGCAACAACAACAACAACAGCAGCAACAACAUCAUCACCAUCAUCAUCAGCAGCAACUUCAGCAACAGCAGCCCCCACCUCCUCCUCCACCCUUGGCUGUCAGCCACCCCAUGGUCUCUGCUGCCACCAUGCUGCCCCACACCCACAUCACCACCUCUGCCCCGCCCCCCAUGUACCCCACCAACCCCCUCAUGUCCAUGUUGCUGACAGCCGCUGGCCAGGGCCCUAAGCCGCCCUUGUUGGGUGAGGGGCCCCUCCGUCAUGACCAUCCCAGGCUUACCACCCAAUUGGCCCUCUCCUGUUGA